GGGCAUCCUGCGCUCGUGUUUGGUGGAGCUCAGCUUUGGGUGUACUCCAGCGGGAGCUGCGUGGGAACUGGGUUAUGACUCACCGCUACCCGUCCCAGUCUUGUGAAGAAAACAAUCUGAAGACAAUGUGUCUUUGACCCCUGGUACCAGCUUUUGAGCCGGAGCAAUGGAAGUUAUAGAUGGCUGCCGGCAUACUGACCCUUUGAUAGUUUCAAAUGGAUAUGCAAACAGGAUUUUCCAAGCAAACAUGGAGGAUAGGAGUGCUGAUGCAUCGGAGGUCUGUUGUGCUGAGCAUGGCACCUCCAGUGAUGCAGUUCCAAGUGACCAGGAAGAAGCACCCAGAUAUAAGAAGUUGACCAAGGGCAACCGGAUCUGGAAUUUUGUUUGGCGAAGGAAAGGAUCCUCUAUGAGUAAAAGAAGACCCCGGUCCAUGAUCGUACUGGGAGAUACUUAUGAUGCCUCUGAUGAAAAAAAGCCAUCCUUCAUGGACAGAGUAAUGCCCUUAAAAAAGCUAAGAACCUCGAAGUUGCCUAAGGAUGUAGAUUUCAGAGGAUCUGCAGUGCAGGUUACUUGUGUCCCUGAGGAAGACUAUCCUGCUAGUGGACAAGGAGCAGUCUACAGGGUUAAGAAACUGGGUGACAGUCAGAGGCCCUACCGCCAUUCAUAUGGGGGGCACAUUGAAGAUUUAGAUUCCUCUUUUGAAGACAUCGAGCUGAAUAUCAGCAUUCCUGAAAUUGACGCCAAUGAAAGUAAAUGUCUCAGGGAUAUUAGUAUCAGACUACACAGUGAAGAUAAUGUUAGUAACUGCCAGAAAACACCAGCUAGAAAGAGCGAGUCUUUGAAUUUUGAAAACUUUAAGAGUCCUGCAAUUACGGAAGGGGACAAUCAAAAGAAGUGUACCGUGCUCCCACAGGAGGGCAAAAGAGGAAGAAGCUCUGAUGUCUGGAGCUAUCUGAAAGGAAUUUCAUUAACUAGCAAAGAUAAUUCAAAGCUUCUAGAUGAAAGGGCUGAAACCAAUUUCCAGAACUUAGAAAAUACAACUGAUCAUUCCACUUCUUAUUUGGACUAUGGUAUGAGAUGUGAGGAGAAUCUUAGCCAGCAGAAAAAAUCCAACAGCGCAACCAAAGCCACUCACUUUGCGGGUUUUGUGCGGUUCUUCACCAGUGUGGCCGAAGCAGCUCGGCGGCUGCGUGGCUCCUCAAAGGCGUUUUCACCUGAUGAGAAAAGGCCUCAGCGGAGUUCCCGAGGCUGGAGGCAGGAUGUCAUCUCCCGCAAAGUGAGUCUGGUUAUUGAGAAUGAAACCGCAAAUGCUUUCUGCACAGUGGGAGCAUGUCUGCAGUCCCCAGAUUCAGGCGUGUGGGAUAAUCCAAGCUUUGAGAGUUCAAUGGGGAAGGAGAUGACACAGGGCUGUAAAGCUACAGAGGUGUCACAAGACAUCGGCUUCUCUGCCCUGAGCAGCAAGAAUGAUAGUUUUAAUGAAACACCACUUUCUCCCUCUGGGCCAGAGCUCCCAGAUGAUUCUGUCACUGUGAUAAAUUCUGAAGAACCCUCUGAGACUGCAGUCCACUUUCCACAGACAGCUCUGACCAAACAGAUUCAGUACAUGGACAGUACUCCAGAGAAGGCACAGACUGUGGGCAGGGACCUGCCGCGUUUGGAAGAUCUUCCUGGGAAAAAUCUGGGUACUUCUGAACUGGGCAGUUCUCCAGCUGCUAACGGUGACUUUCCUGUUGUGACUGUGGCUCUGAUCCACCAUCCACUAAAGAUGACUCUGCAUGAACUCGAACCUCAGGAUGUGGCUUGUGCUACAGUAGUUACUAACGACAUGAGUAUGUCUCUAGCAGCAGCUCUGGAGCUUUCAAAGACUGAACUGGAUAUGAAAGACCUGAGUAAUCCUGAGUUGCCUUUACAUGACUUAUCUAGAGAUGACCUGGAGUUUCAGGACUCAAGCAAUACUCCAGAGAAGGAACAGGUCGUAGCCGGGGACCUGCCAUGUUCUCAACAUCUUCCAGAGAAAAAUCUGGAUACUGCAGUGCUGAACAAUUCUCCAUCUGCUAACAGUGACUUUUCAGCAGCGACUUCUUUAAAAUGUGCAACAGUUGAAGGAGUGCUGUUUGAACAGACUGAUGGAUGCUUCAAAAAGCACAGAACAAGUUCACCUGUGGAACAGAACCCUGUGGAGUUACUUGGCAGAGGAGUGCGCUUUGACUGUGAUGAUGAGUGCCGUCCGUUCCACGUGACCAUCUCCAGAAUUGUCUCCUCUGGACUGCUUAACAAUGGAAAGGCAACGUCUCAUCCCUCUCAACCAUCCCCACGAGCACCUCCCUUCAAGGUGCUUGUAGAGAGAUGUCGCUCCGAGCCGCUCUCCCAGAGCACCCCGAUGGGGCUGGACCAAGUGGGUGGGCGCAUGCAGCACCUGCUCAGAAGACGUGCUGAGAACGAACUGGCUUCAAAGACUCUGAAGGUGCGCAGGAACGGCGGACGUAGAUGGAACCUCCUCAAGCCUGGAGCUGAGAAGCUGCAAAUCAGUAGGCUAUGGGUGAACCAAGAAGAUGGAGUGGAGGAGGGAACCAGCGAAGUGCAGAAUGGCCACUUGGAUCCAAGCGCCGACUGCCUCUGUCUUGGCAGAACCGUCCAGAACCGAGAUCAGAUGAGAGCCAAUGUCAUCAAUGAGAUCAUGAGCACGGAGCGUCACUACAUCAAGCACCUCAAAGACAUUUGCGAGGGUUACUUGAAGCAGUGCCGGAAGAGAAGGGAUAUGUUCAGUGAUGAACAGCUGAAGAUCAUCUUUGGGAACAUUGAAGAUAUCUAUAGAUUUCAGAUGGGUUUUGUCCGGGACUUGGAGAAACAGUACAACAAUGAGGAUCCCCAUCUCAGUGAGAUCGGACCGUGUUUCCUUGAACACCAAGAUGGCUUCUGGAUCUAUUCAGAGUACUGUAAUAAUCAUUUGGAUGCGUGCAUGGAGCUUUCCAAGCUGAUGAAAGAUAGCAGGUACCAGCAUUUCUUCGAAGCAUGUCGUCUGUUGCAGCAGAUGAUUGAUAUUGCCAUAGAUGGUUUCCUACUGACACCAGUGCAGAAGAUCUGCAAAUACCCCCUGCAGCUCGCAGAGCUUCUCAAGUAUACCGCACAGGAUCACAGUGACUACAGGUAUGUGGCUGCUGCUCUCGCCGUCAUGAGGAACGUGACUCUGCAGAUCAAUGAGCGGAAGCGGAGACUGGAGAACAUUGACAAGAUAGCUCAGUGGCAGGCGUCCGUUCUGGACUGGGAGGGAGACGAUAUCUUGGACCGCAGCUCAGAGCUGAUCUACACGGGAGAGAUGUCCUGGAUUUACCAGCCCUACGGACGGAACCAGCAGCGUGUUUUCUUCCUCUUUGAUCACCAGAUGGUUCUCUGCAAGAAGGACCUGAUACGAAGAGAUAUUCUGUAUUACAAAGGUCGCAUAGACAUGGAUAAAUAUGAAGUGGUAGAUAUAGAAGAUGGGAGAGAUGAUGACUUCAAUGUCAGCAUGAAGAAUGCCUUCAAACUUCAUAACAAGGAGACUGAGGAAAUGCACUUAUUCUUUGCCAAGAAACUGGAGGAGAAGUUGCGAUGGCUCCGAGCUUUCAGAGAAGAAAGGAAGAUGGUAAAAGAAGAUGAAAAGAUAGGCUUUGAAAUUUCUGAAAAUCAAAAGCGGCAAGCGGCAAUGACAGUAAAGAAAGUCAGUAAGCAAAAAGGUGUGAGCUACUCCAAGUCGGUUCCUCCAGCCUACCCACCACCCCAGGAUCCAUUAAAUCAGGGACAAUACAUGGUGACAGAUGGCAUAUCCCAGUCCCAGGUCUUCGAGUUCACCGAACCCAGACGCAGCCAGGCACCAUUCUGGCAAAACUUCAGCAGAGAGUGAGAAUGAGACAUCCAUAAUUUUUAUGAGAAGAUGCUUCCUAAAUAUUCAGCGCUAGGAAAAAAGAAACUCCACCGCCACACCAUUAUUUGCAUCAUAACUCAAGACUCGCUCGAUCUGACAAGGCCACUUGUUGGACUCGCAGCUUCCUUCUUAAGUGGAAAGCCAAAACAAACGAGCGCCGCUAGCGCUUGCCGAAGCCGGGCGGCAGGCGGAGCAGCCGCAGCCGCUUGUUCCAGAGGGAAGAGGGGCUUGGCUCUCACAUGGCGCUCAAGAAAGCCCUUCCCUUCCACAAAUUGCCAAGGUGCUGCAAGAGAUGGAGCAUUAUCGCAAAGAAGAACCAGCACUGGGUCCCACUUUUACUACCUACCGUGGCUUUCCCAAUAGGGAGCAGGGCUGGGCUGCCUCGCUGUGUCUGAAAGUGCUGGAAGCAGCACAGAUGCUGUCAGAUCGGGGUGAUUUUGACUGAGCAUCUGAUACAGACUUUCAUUUCAAUGCCAGACAGGAGGAACCCACUUACCAUUCCAUACGCAGAAAUGAGAGAGUUGUAACAAACUUACAUGUUUACGGUAUUUCUCUGGCUGAAACUAUAUAUAUACAUAGGAAAAAAAAAAA